GUAAGUUAGCGCAUUUGCUUGUUAGCUAGCGUUUUGUAUUGGCUAAUCACCUCACACAGGCUGGCACUGUCACAGAAUGAACUUGGUAUUCUGCGUGGAGACGCAGCUCCAUACCAACAUGAUGGAAAAGUACAGGAAAAACAGGGCUCUGUUAACACUGUCUAGCUCCAACCCCGCAGGCUUUAGUACGAAUAGCAAUGUUUGUCUUUAAAGGGGUACUUGCUUCAUUUACAUCCAUCCUUUACAUUCGCACUUGGAGCAGCUGCUGAGCCGAAUCAGACAUUUGCCCCACGUCUUCUUUCCACAUCUGCCGGCACGAGGGAAUAAAACCUUUAUCUUUUCCAGUAUAGCGCACGGGUGUUUAAUAGGUGGAUGAUAUUCAGAUGUAAUACAGCACAGAAAACAGGCAUGCAAUGUACUUAGCAAGCGCGGCUUACUCCCUUUUUUUGGCCAGGGUUUGGAACACAACUGUGCAUUGUGGGUUACUUUUGUGCUUUUUAUCAUGAUACAUGUGUGGUAGCAAGAAAUACACCACUGCAAUAAGAUAAAACUGUAGAAAGAAAGCUGUGUUCACUCUGCAGUGGCACUAAAGCCAGUAUGCAUAAAGGACAGUUGAUCAAACAGAUACUGCACAAACUCUUGAUACCUUAAGCCUCUUGGAAAAUCUAUCAUUUUUCUCAUGGCCAAAGGAUUAAGUCUUUUGUGUGAGUGUUUGUGGAAAGAGAAAGAGAGUGAGAGAAAUCCUGAGGUAUUUAUUUUCCAGAUGACAUGUUGUUAAAAUCACCAUAGCAAGCCAAGAGGAUUGUUUAUUACUCUAAUAUAUCAGCUCUUGCUUGAUAUAUGACAUGCCAUUUUCUUGAGCUGUCACUUUGCUUUUGAUUGUAAUUCAGAGCUGUUUGGCUCAGUAGAAGCCUGUCAGGGAGAGUGCAUGGUGAGAGGAUACUAGUGGUUACAAAAGACAUGCUGCCAAGGUGGAGAAAUGACAACUGAAGGAAAGACUAUAAAGGACAUCAACUCUUCUAUCCUGACAGUGCAUAGAGAGCAUUGACUAUCUAAAAAAAUGAACCAUCAUGGCCAUGUUCCUGCUGACAAGUCACCCCGUUACUGAGGGAUCUCUGCCUUUUUUGGUUUCUGGACCUACCAAAGCGGGGAUGAGAUAAUAAAGUCAACCAGCCGGUGCAUGCCGCUACAGCAACACCCGUGGCACCUGUGAAACCCACCUUACCCCAUCCCUAGUAAAGUUCAUUUCAAACGGUCAAAAGAUGACGACGCCGGCUCUACUACCGCUGUCGGGCCGCAGGAUACCCACUCUGUCGCCGGGUGCCUCCUCUUUCCCGCACCAUAGGGCCACGUUGAGGCUCUCCGAGAAGUUCAUCCUCCUCCUCAUCCUCAGUGCCUUCAUCACCUUAUGCUUCGGGGCCUUCUUUUUCCUCCCAGACAAUUCCAAGCACAAGCGCUUUGACCUGGGCUUGGAGGAUGUGCUUAUCCCUCAUAUUGACACACCCAAAGAGGGCAAGCACGCCUCAGGACAGGUGAUCAUACAUGGACAGGGAGGACACGAUGAGCACAGACACAGGGAAGAGGAGGAGAGCCUGCGGGAUAAGAUCCGUGCAGACCACGAGCGAGCACUGCAGGAGGCAAAGGAGAAGCUGCGAAAGUCACGUGAGGAGCUCAAGGCCGAGAUUCAGACGGAGAAGAACAAAGUGAUGGAGGACCUGAAAAAGAAGGACGUAGGGCCCAAACCGUUGCCGCCGGUACCCAUGCCUAAGGUGGUGGGCGUGAGUGACGGCGAGCCCCCAGAACCCGACGUCAAAGAGAAACGAGACAAGAUAAGAGAGAUGAUGAAACAUGCCUGGGACAGCUACAGACAGUACGGCUGGGGUCACAACGAGCUGAAGCCCAUCGCCAAGAAAGGACAUUCCACAAAUAUCUUUGGUAGUUCUCAACUGGGGGCAACCAUCGUGGAUGCAGUAGAUACUCUGUACAUCAUGGGUCUGCACGAGGAGUUCAAGGAUGGCCAGGAGUGGAUUGAACAGAAUCUGGACUUCAGUGUGAAUGCUGAGGUGUCAGUGUUUGAGGUCAACAUUCGGUUCAUAGGAGGAUUGCUGGCUGCCUACUACCUCUCUGGACAGGAAGUGUUCAAACUGAAGGCAGUCCAGCUAGCUGAGAAGCUGCUUCCUGCCUUCAACACCCCCACUGGUAUCCCCUGGGCCAUGGUCAACCUUAAGAGUGGGGUUGGCCGUAACUGGGGUUGGGCGUCAGCAGGCAGUAGCAUCCUGGCUGAGUUUGGGACCCUCCACAUGGAGUUUGUUCACCUCACCUACCUGACAGGAAACCCAGCCUACUAUCAGAAGGUGAUGCACAUCCGAAAGCUACUAGCCAAAAUGGACCGACCCAACGGGCUCUACCCAAACUACCUGAACCCCCGGACGGGCCGCUGGGGCCAGCAUCACACGUCCGUUGGAGGACUCGGGGACAGUUUUUAUGAGUACCUGCUGAAGGCUUGGCUCAUGUCAGACAAGACUGACACAGAGGCUCGCAAGACCUACGAUGACGCCAUUGAGGCCAUCGAGCGCCACCUCAUACGCAAAUCCAACGGUGGCCUGACAUUCAUUGGCGAGUGGAAGAAUGGACACUUGGAGAGGAAGAUGGGCCACCUGGCCUGCUUCGCCGGAGGCAUGUUUGCACUGGGUGCCGAUGGCUCACCUGACGACAAGGCCGGACACUAUUUGCAGCUAGGAGCUGAGAUUGCGCACACCUGCCACGAAUCCUAUGACAGGACAGUGCUGAAGCUCGGCCCAGAGGCCUUCAAGUUCGACAGCGGCCUGGAGGCGGUGGCUGUUCGGCAGAAUGAGAAGUACUACAUCCUGCGGCCGGAGGUCAUCGAGACCUACUGGUACAUGUGGAGGUUCACCCAUGACCCCAAGUACCGACAGUGGGGCUGGGAAGCAGCACAGGCCAUUGAUAAGUACUGCAGGGUGAGUGGAGGUUUCUCGGGAGUGAAGGACGUCUACUCAUCUAAUCCAACCUAUGACGACGUGCAGCAGAGCUUCUUCCUGGCCGAGACACUCAAGUAUCUGUACCUGCUGUUCUCCAGCGAUGACCUGUUGCCCUUGGAGAACUGGGUUUUCAACACGGAGGCUCACCCACUGCCAGUCCUCCACCUGGGAAACAUCACCCUGCCCGGCAGCGAGCCUGCUCAGCGGUAAACGGGCUGGCUCUUUUUUUGUCCACCACGGCACCAGGGGGCGUGCGCCUGUUUGCCUGCCUACCCAGAAAAACCCACCCACGAACACCAGACAAACUUACAAUUCAGACUCUCAACUGAUUUCUAACUGAGACCAUCAACCGGGGGGGUGGGGAGAGACCACUACAGAGCAGAGAGGACCUGUUACUUUACUCGCUCUACUUCUAUGUUUUACUCUUUGACUCUGUCGAUCCAUCUUCUCUGCUCGAAUCUUAAGGAUGGUGGGUGUGCUGCUCAGCCUCAUGUUUGGCUUGAAUCGACUCUUUUUACUGAAGGACAGAGCUCCAAACCAGAGGCGUGAUUAGCCUUUUUUUGUUAUCACUUUUAGUCUUUAUUUGAAGAAACUCCAAUGCAGACUCAAGCUGACACACUGACAGUCCAUUUGGGAUUUUAUGAAGGAUUACAAAAACACUUUGACACUUAAACUGAUGAAAGUGUCAUGUUUUGUUUUGUUUCCAAGCAGACAGACUUCAGGACUUUACAGGGUCUGUUAACACAACUUUUGUUUUUCUUUCUUUUCCUUUUGGACAAAUCAAUAUUGGGGACACAGGGUUGAAUCACAGCCCUCAGCUUCUCCCACCCAAAUCCACUUCCUGUUUAACCUCCAUCAGAUGAACUUCAACCUGGAACUGCUUGCAGAUGGGCACAUCAUCAAAGCGAGGGCAGUUUGUGGCAGUGGUCACCGCCUCCUCUGAUCCUCAGUUUUCAGAAAAAAUGGCCAUCAUAAGUGGAAGAGUAAUUAGACAGGGACUACAGCAGGCCUCCCCUUUUCUCACCACUCCACAUGUGUCCUGAUCCUCUUCUAUUUAGAGACACAGCCACAGCUUUCCCCUCCUAAAAAAACCAUUCUGCUGCUAUAGGAUUCGAUGCUGCUUUUUUUUUUCACAUUUUCCCCCAUCAUCUCGCAGCUUCUGUAAACCUUUGUCUCAUCUUAUUUUCCAGCUUUUCAUCAAUCAGGCACAUUAUGUUCAGGCCCUGACAUUUUGUGAUGGGGUAACCAUGCUUUAUGUAUAAGAAUGUUUGUUUGGUGGUUAAUAUGAAACCUGGUGAAAAUCAUUUAUUUGUGCAUUUUUAUGGGAAGACUAUGAAGAAGAGGUUGGUAGAGGUGUGGCACUGAGAAGGGUGAAUAAAUUUACCUUAUGGUCUCCCUGCUGGCAUCCUAUAUCUACACCCACCCCACCUCAUAAGUUGGAUGCAUCAUUUGUCACCUGAAUUUUUGCUUCAGUUUCAUACUUAAGGCACAUGUUCUGGUCGGACUCUUAAAAACAUACAUUUUUAAGGAAUCAAACAUGUUCCACUUGAGUUAUUACACUACAUACACAAUAAGCUAUUCAGUUAAUAUUAGAUCAUAAUACUUUCUGUAUGUAGCUGCAAUUGUGUUACUUUAUCAGAGUCAAACUUGUAAGUGCUGCCUGAGGUCAGGGACAAGCCUGAAGUUCCAGUAAAGGGAUGUGUUUUAUUCCAGAUGCACAUCUUUUGCCCAGAUUUUAGAGCCAUUGUUCUCUGUGAGGGUUUGAAAGUCGCAGCAUUCGGCUCGUUCCGUACUCUGACUCGCGUCAAGAUCUUGACCUUGUUUAUGGAAGUUUGUGCAGCUCCGUUAGCAGAACAGCAGUGCCUCCAGUUAUCACUCUUAACACAGCUCCCUGUGGUACAGCUAAUGCAGCGUGAUGGAUUUACUGCUCGGGUUGCUCAGAUAAUGUAAUGCAGUCUGCAAAAUAAUAAAAAAUAAAUAAAAUGGUAUGUUGGCAAAAAAAAGACUGAUACAGUUCUCCCAUGUGAAUCUGACUAAAGGGUUUAAAUGUUUGAUGUGAUCUGCUACUUUUAAAGGCUGUUCUCUGACUCAUUAAAAAGUCCCAAAGGGCAGCAGACAUGUGAGUAAGCUUGUCUCAUAUCAUAGCAAUGUUAGUGCAAGCGAUUAUCCGACACACAAGAACCAGAUACCGCUCCUGCUUUGGUUCAUUUGCGGAGCGUCUUAAAGACAACAGCAGUAUUAAACAUCACAGAUCUGGUUAGAUGCUUUAAAGCAGGGAUGUCAAACUCAUUUUACAUCGUGGGCCACAGGCAGCCCACUGUGAUAUUAAGUGGGCUGGACUCAGUGUAAAGAUGUUUACCUGCACAUUUAAUCCCAGAGAUAUCUUAAUAUAAGAGAGGAAGUUCAGUCACGACAGUUUGUCAUUGAUCUACAUGGUAAAAAAUGCUGCUGUAGUCAAUGAAGGAAACCUGUGAGCACAACUCUUUGAACUUAAAUUGUAAGAAAUUAAUGACACACAAAAUUCUUUUACUGUAGACUCAAGUGAAAAAAACAUUCUGUCAUUUAAUUGUUUAUCUAUUACUUAAUUACUUUGGUGUUGUAUGAAUGGCCAUGAAGGAAUGUCAGCAGGAAAAGGUGUGAAACUUGUGAAAAUAUAGUUAAAAGUCCAAACUGUAUGUCUGCCAUUUUCCAAAGCAGUGCAGCAGGCCAGAUUGGAGUCUUUGGUGGUGUGAUUCUGGUCCCUGGGCCUUAUGUUUAACUCCCCUGCUCUAAGUCUUUACAUGAACAUCAGAUAUAACAUACCAACAAACCAAACCAAGCACCGUACAGAAACAGGAAACGCUUCAGCUAAAGAGCCCACGUUAUUUUUUGUUAGCCAUGAGCUCUUCAAUAAGCGUCUGAACUCAAUAGAUUGUGUGGCAUAAACCUCACACGUGUUAAAGUGACAGUUUUAGUUAAGCAACAAAAAGUGUAACCGCAAAAAGCUGAAAACCCCCCAAAACACUGACUCUGAUUUAGAUUGUUUUCCAGCCUCAUUGCCGUGACCGCUCAUGCUUUUGCAUUUAUGCUUUCGUCUUGUGUUUUGUAAUAGGUCAGUAGGUUUUGUAAUUGCGCACACAUUAUGGAGACUCUUACAGAAAUCACCCUGAACUGCUGGGACACAAAGAUAACAGCACAAAAAGAGCCACAUUUAUUAAAUGCUGUGACAGCUUUGCGUAUUCCUCCCUGUCCUCCUCUCGCCAAAAUGUAAGAAACAAACAUUUCCUUUUAUGAAAGUAGAAUUUGCAGACUGUAGAUCUGCUGGUCGUCUGUCAGUAAAGCCAUACUGUGUGAUGCGGGACUGCUAACCAACAGCUCCUGCUGCUUUUACAGCACAAACACAGACAGAUGUCGGCUGAAGGAGUCGAUUAGCAUCACUAACUCCAACACUGGGAGUGGAAGCAGGCAACGGGGAUUACAUUAAUGUGAUGUCAGACAGUCAUAGCCGAUCUUCUUCGUAACGCUGCUCAUGUUUGAUCAAUCUAGAAAAUUGUAUUUGUUUGUUUGUUUUUGGAAAAAAUGUAACGCAAAAGUAAAAAUGUUGGUAACUUUUUAUCUGGCUUAUUUUAUUUAUGCAGCAAAAUUUCAGCCAUGGUGUUUUUUUCCCCCUAUAAAAUUUCAGAGAGGCCUCUCAGAGCAUUCCUGUGGUGUUGAUCAGGUCGUAGUCAGACUGUUUCCUCCUGCCUUUUAUUUCCUCCGUGUUAUUUUCCUUCAUUCAACAAUCAUGUCCAUUAAGAGUCCGUAGUUACAGCGCAGUCUCUGACAUCACACUGACAUCAUCACCACCUACAUGUCACGAGGAGGAAGCCCGAGUUGAAACCUGUGCGGCCAUCGAGUCGCUGGGAGCGGCGCUGAUUUUGAAAACUGAGUGUUCUGUAUUUGUAUUUUUACUGAACUAAAAAACAAAAAAACAAAAUGAAUGAAACUAUCUGUAAAUAUGUUUAAAACUGAGACACAGAUUCAAUAAAGAUGUUAUGAAAAGUGA